UCAAUAAAACAGAAACUAAACAGGUUUCAAUGGCGCGCGGUAUGGAUCAAAUUUUGAGUCCCUUUGCACAAAAAACAGGGUUUUGUACACACGUUCGUCAGUCGUUGAUUAACUGUCUGUUUUCGAGGGGUCAUUUUGGCUGUUGGGACGUGCUUUAGUGGCUUUUGUCUUUGCAGAGAGGUGGCUGCUGUAGAGUGGUGGAAAUAAGAGUGGGUGAAUGAACCGUCAGCCGGGAUAAAAAAAAGUAGCCUGGCUCUAUAUCUUUUUUUUAAAUUUUUACAGUUCUCAGUAAUACUCACGCUUCCUUUGAGUUUCCUGCUACCUUACUAGCUGAGGCGACUUCAGGGUUCUCAAUUAAACGGUUAUUUUUAAUUUGUUUUGUAAGUACCAGUGAAAAGUUGUGUCCUCCAGAGACCAGCCUUGUGCUAACGCAGAUGAUGAAACUUUGAGAUAUUUCUCGAUUUCCGAACAUUUUACGGCCAUUUUAUUUACCAGACCGUUUUAUUACGUUUUAUUUUCUUUUUAUUUUAUUAUUAUGAUGUCUUACUCGGAAUGGGCAUCUUUCACGCAUUCGUUCAUUCAUUCGUUCCACUCUUCCCGAGUUCCGAUCCUCUGGUAACCUGGUAAAUUUUCCAACCGUUUCGUGAGUUCGCACAAAGGAAAUCGAACCUUGGAGGAUGCAUGACGUGCAAAUAUGGAGGAGACUAUGGAAGAGAAUAUGGCGGUCGGUGGUGUUGUGUUUCUUCAGGAAGUUUUUCUAUCUUUGGUCGUCAUUCUCCUUACUUGGUUCAUCUUGAAAGUGUCAAUAACACGCUUAUCGAGGAAAAGACCCACCUUUGACUUGCCGCCUGGUCCUCCGCCUCACUGGAUUUCAGGAAACACAGCCGUUUUCCGUUCUAAUGUAGAAGAAAGGCACAUCCGACUCCUGGAACUUCACAAGAAAUAUGGAAAAGUGGUUCGGAUUCAAAUGGGGAGACCGCCAUUGUACGGAACAGACAUCUUCUCUGUUGCUGAUCCUCACUUGUGUGAGGAAGUCCUUAAAUCCAAGAGCUAUGCGAUCUCCAAGCUUACACAGGCACGUUUUCAAAUGUUUAUUGGAAAGAACGGCCUGAAUGCCCUGGAAGGAACAACAUGGAAAAAGCACAGGCGAUUAAUCUUGCCUCUGUUUCAUUCUGGUUUCCUGAGCUAUGCUCUGGAAGUUAUCGCGGACAAAACUGAAGUUCUAACCCAAAAAUUGAAGGAUUUGCCAGAUAAAUCAUCUGUGGAAGUUUAUUUGUUGAUGAAAAAUCUAGCUCUUGAUAUUAUCAGCAAGGCAGCAUUUGGUUAUGAUUUACAAGUCCAAGAAAAUCCUGAUGGCAAAUUAGUAAAGGCUGUGACGUCAUUCUUGGAGCAUGCUGGUGAAGUUGCAUUCUUGGCACUCCCAAGAUUAUGGACUUGGAUGCAUCCUUUCAAAGCAUUUCAGGCCCGUCAGCAGCGUAAGCUACUUGACAACCUUGUUGAGCAGAUUAUUAAUAAGCGCAAAGGUAAAGAUGAUGAGGAUGACAAGAAAGACUUACUGACAUUGUUGUUGAAAGCACAAGACCCAGAGUCCAAGUACUCAAUGUCUGAAAUGGAAGUCCAUGAUGAAAUAUUGACAUUUUUGUUUGGUGGAUUUGAGACCACCACAUCACAGCUCUGUUGGGUGCUAUACCACCUGGCCCAACAUCCUGAAAUUCAGGUGACAGCACAGGAAGAGGUUGACAGAGUACUGGGUGAUUCAAGUGUUGUGACUUCAGCGAUGGAAAAAGAACUCAAGUAUGUGGCAAAUUGUAUAAAGGAGUCUCAGCGACUUGUUCCUGUUAUAACUGGUUUCAGCAGAGGAGCUGUUGAAGAUGCAGAGUUGGGAGGAUUUCACAUUCCUAAGGGCUCUGUAUUAUUUCUGGACUCUUAUGUUCUUCAUCACCUGGAGGAUCUUUGGGAUAGACCGGAAGAGUUUGAUCCGACACGCUGGGAAGACAAAAUGGCAGCGCGAACCUUCUCAUUUCUCCCCUUUGGUGGUGGAAACAGACGUUGUGCUGGUCAGCCUUUUGCUGUGGUGGAGAUGAAAGCUGUAAUUGCACUGAUAUUGAAAAACUUCUCACUGAAGUUGGAUGAAAGCAGGCCUAUUUCUACUGAAGUGAAAAUUGCAUUUGGGCCACGGAAAAUCCAUUUCUUUUUUACCAGGAGAAGUUAACUUGAAAAACCAAAGCAGUUGAAAGUCGUCUAGAACACCAGCAGAUAUAUUUGUAUAUCGUAGUUUUUCCAUGUUAAAACAUGGGUACAGUGUUGCUAUGAACAUUUUCCCAUAUAUGCAUAUUUUUUAAGAGUUUAAAAGUCACUUUACAGACUUGUAGUGUAAUCAGCUUUGUUUUUACCCGUUAAUGCAGGUACUUUACAGUGUGGUCGUAGUCUACACUUUGAUUUUGUGUUUAAUAGUCAGCUUACCUGGUAGCAUACCCUUUGUUUUUAUGUUUGACUAGUUCAUUUCAGUGAACUGCAAAUUUUUAUUUUGGUUUAAUAACUGCCUUGCUUAGUAGCACACUUAUUGAUUUUGUGUUUCAUCAAGUCACCUUGCAGGAUAAUACACUUUGUUUUUAUGUCUUAUUGGUAUGUUACAGAGUAGCAAACACUUUGAUCUUGUGAUGAAUAGUCAGUCUACUAGGCGGUGGAAUUUUAUACCUGGGUGGUAUGUUACUGAUGAGCAGCGCGCAUUUCAUACCUGGUUUAUGUCAGGUGAAAUUAGUUAUAGGACCCUACCAUCAUUGAGCAGUUUUAAAAAUUGUAUUUGUAAAUGUGAUUUUUAUACACAUUUUCAGGGUUUUAGCAAAGAAAACGGUCUCUGGGCUGAUUUUCAUUAAGCCUGCCACAAUUUUUUCGCAAGAGACCUGGAACAAAAUUUUUGUCCCCAAUCUUUUGCAACACCUUGAAUACAGGGCUUCCAAGCUUUGUGUUUACAAGAUGGUGUACACAGAAAGACAGCACGCUAAACAAGUGCUCAAAACAAAAUGUUAUUUCGAUUACUUUACUUGUUAUACUUGCACCGAUACUCAAGGUAGUCAGGAAUUUAGUCCAAACUUUCCAUUUAGACGGUUCAAUAUGGAUCAGAGUUAUGAGUGAUCGAGUGAUGGUAAAAACCGUUUGUUUUACAAAUAAAAUUAUUAGUAUUAUUAGUA